AUGGAAAGAAAGAAGGGCCCUGCUGCUGGCAAAGCUCGCUACUUCCCCUUCCUUCCCUUUCUCUACUUCUCAAGCAAACCAAAAGGGAAGCAAUGGCGUCUGAAAGGAGGAAUCCUCGCUCCACUGCCGACCUUCUCACCUGGUCUGAGACUCCGCUGGAAAAUCCAGAGCCGCCGCGUCCCAUCAAGCCUGCGGGAGGAGUUGGUAAGGUGUUGUUUGGCGGUCAGGUCACUGAUGAAGAGGCUGCUAGUCUGCUCAAGAGGAAACCUUGUUCAGGAUCCAAGUUAAGGGAGAUGACUGGUAGUGGCAUUUUUGUUGGUGAUGGUGAAAAUGGCACUUCAGACUCAAGUUGUGCCUCUUUGACUCCAAAUAGUAAAACAAGCGUGCGGAUUUACCAGCAAGCAAUUGGUGCAAUGAGUCAGAUCUCUUUCAGUGCUGAUGAGAGUGUUUCUCCUAAGAAGCCUACUUCCGUGGCAGAGGUAGCAAAGCAGAGAGAGCUAAGUGGAACUCUGGAUAGUGAAUCAGAUUCCAUUUUAAGGAAGCAGAUCUCUGAUGCCAAGUGUAAAGAGCUCAGUGGGCAUGACAUUUUUGGCCCUCCUCCUGAGAUUCUACCCAGACCACUAGCAGCUCAGAAUUUGGGAAAGGAGAAAGAUGUUGAAGAACCAGCUCCAAGAAACAUUCAUACAUCUGUAAAAGUCUCAAAUCCUGCUGGAGGUCCUAGCAGUAUGAUCUUUAGCGAGGAAACUCCAGUCAAGACAGCAAAGAAGAUUCACAACCAGAAGUUUGCAGAACUAACAGGCAAUAAUAUUUUCAAAGAAGACACACCACCAGGCUCAGCUGAAAAAUCACUACUUAGUAUGGCAAAAUUGAAGGAGAUGACUGGUAGUAAUAUCUUCGCCGAUGGCAAAGUUGAGUCUAAAGAUUACUUCGGCGGUGUGCGCAAGCCUCCUGGUGGUGAGAGCAGCAUUGCACUUGUUUGA